CGUCUCCAAAAGCGUCUCACGAACAUGACCAACGCACAGUUUACUGGCUCCGGGGCGACAUCGUCUCCUUCCACGGAGAAAUCACCGCUGGCCACAGCCGCGCCCUCCCCCACACCCACAGUCCUCUCGCACGAAGGCGUCGUCAAGUCGUCGACUCAACCCUCAAAGCAUGUUCGCCGCUCGUGGAGUGCCGAGGAGGAGGAGUUCAAGCGCGGUGAAGUGCCCGAGGACCUCGUCGGUGCCAUGCAGGGCGACACAUCGUACAAGGUUGUCUUCAGUGGCCCAGAUGACCCCCGCAGCGCCCAGAACUGGAGCACGCGCAAGAAGCUCGUACAGACCAUCCUCAUCACCCUCGCGACCAUGUGGGCAGGCAUGGCCUCGGCCGUUGCAAGCGGCGCCGCGCACAGCCUCGGCGAGCACUUUCACGUCGGGAGCGUGGUGGCCGAGCUCGCCAACUCGAUGUUUGUGUUCGGCUUCGCACUCGGCCCGCAGGUUUUCGGCCCGCUGUCGGAAGUGCUGGGGCGCAAGUGGCCGCUGGCGCUGGGCAUCUUCCUCGGCGCCAUGUUCUCUAUCCAAACAGCUGGUGCUGGCAACCUCGCGACGGUGAUGAUCGGUCGCUUCCUCGGGGGCGUGUUCGGUGCCGCACCUUAUGCAAUCGGCGGCGGGUGGUUCCAUGACGUCUACGACGCGCUGCACGUGCAGUGUGGUAUCGCCUUCUUUGCAUCCGCCACUGCUGGUGGCCCAGCACUCGGCCCGCUCGCCGGCGCUGGCUUCGCGUCGCUCGGGGUACCCGGCGGAUACGCGUGGCGCUGGGUUGAGUGGUUCGUGUCCGGCUUCGGGUUGCUCGUGGCCUUCCUCCUCGCAACGUGCAUGGACGAGGCGUACGCGCCAGCCAUCCUCGCGGCCGAGGCCAAGCGCCUGCGCCGCGAAACGGGCGAGUGGGCGUGGCAUGCGGAGCUCGACACGGUGUCCCUCACCCUCGGCGACAUUGCGACGCGCUAUGUUCUCCGCCCGGUGCGCAUGCUCUUCACCGAGCCCAUGCUGGCCGUGAUCACAGUGUACAUGAGCUUCGUUUACGCGCUGCUCUACAUCCUCAUGGCGGCGCUACCCAUCAUCUACGGCGAGUACCGUGGCAUGUCGCUCGUCGGGUCGGCGCUACCGUUCCUCGCGGCGUUUAUCGGUAUCCUCAUCGGUGGAGGCAUCAUUGUCGCCGACAAGGUGCGGUACACGCGCGUACUGGAACGCAAGGGUAUGCUGGAGCAAGGUAUCCCUGAGCAGCGGUUCAUCCCGAUGGGUCUCGGCGCAGUGCUACUUCCCCUCGGCCUGUUCUGGUUUGCAUUCACGGGCCCCGCGCAGACCUCGUCGCCGUGGCCGUCAAUCAUCGCGCUCGCAUUCGCACAGUGCGGAAUGAUCCUCAUCUUCGAAUGCGGAAUCAUCUACACCAUCGACAUGUAUCGUUCCUUUGCGAACAGCGCCAUCGCGGCCAACACUCUUGUCCGGUCAGCUCUCGGCGGCUCGUUCCCCCUGUUCACUGGCGCCAUGGUGCGUAACCUUGGAUACAAGGGGACGUGGUCAAUGGCCCUCCUUGCGUUCAUCGGCGUCGCGUUGGCGCCGACGCCGCUCAUCUUCUACCACAUCGGUGCCAAGCUGCGUGCCAAGUCGACAUUCUCACCGAAGCUGUAG